AACUUAUUAAAUAGAUUAAUGGCGCUAGCAAGCAUAUCACGGUCGGCAACAGGGGCCACAAAGUUGCCAGAUUACGAGGUUGUUCAUUCCUAUACCCAAAGUAGAGCACACGCUGACACUAACUUUACUGCCACGAGGCAUGGAGCUCAUUCUUUUUCCACUGGAAUAUAUGGCUUCCAUGACUUCGAGGAAACACGAUCAGUACUGCCAACGAAACUAGGCCUAGAUACACACGGUCCCUUUUCGGGGACGGAUGCUACUGGUUGCCCUGACCAAGUCUCAACUGUUUUUAAUAAGGGAAACCAUACACCGAAACAAUGGCACCAGAAUAACUACAACAAAUAUUACCAAGCUUUUGCUGACCGCGACAAUUCGGAAAAAACUAGGUUUGAGAGUAAAAAUCUGAUUCAUGCAACUGAUGCUCAGACUAAACGCACCCAAAAGGAUGUUACAAAGAAACUUCAACAGAGAUCCAGAGAUAUUGGCUACUGGAAGGACGAGCUUAAUCGGGAAAUCGAAGAAAUGGUUCACGAGGAUCAGCUUCUGCGUGCAGAAAAGAUUCGCCUGGAAAGAGCUUUGGAUGCGACUGCCACUCCUCUUAUGAUUGCUACUGACUGUCUCAAGAACAGAGAGAGGAGACAGAAUGUCGAUCACGUCCAUGACAAUGUCGAAAUAGAACUACACAAGGAGGUUGAUCUCAUUCAGAAGAUUCAAGCCCUGCUGCAGCGAACUAUUGACGAAAUUGACAAACAAACCAAAUUGGUGCGCCGUGCGAAGCACAAUCUGGCCAAGGACUGGGGAGACAAGAUGCACGCGUACAAGAUAGAUGUAUCUGCUGGCAACCUCAACAAUUACACCACCCAGAUUAUGUACAGAGAUGGAGUGGACAAGAUAUCCGGAGGCAAUACCAUGCCUGAAGACUGGGCCCAACUGACGCAUGACAAUAUCAUGGCAGCUGAGAACGAGAGGAUGGCCUCUAUUCAACUGAGGGGUCUGAUUGAGGAUGUGCUGACAGAUGUGGGCAAUGACCAGAGAGAGCAGGCCAACACAGUUGACAAGGCAUUCGCCCACAGGGUCGAGGAGAUGCAUGAUGCCAAGAGGAAGCUGGAGGACCACUUGAAGAAGACGUGUGUGGAGAUUACGUCACAGGAGAAGAACAUAGAGGAUCUGAAGCUGGCUAUUCGGGAGAAGGAGGAGCCUAUGAAGGUGGCCCAGAGCAGACUGGAGUACAGGACACACAGACCUAACAAUGAACUCUGUGACGAUCCCGCUCAGCGCAGACUGUUGGAAGAAGUUGAAGAGAUCAAAGCGUCUAUAGCUGCCCUGAAUAACAAGCUGGACGAGGCCAAUCAGAGCAGAUCUGACUUGAUGGGCACUAGGAGGGAGUUGGAGACUGAGAUUGCCUACAAACAAGACUCGCUCUUCAUCGAUAGAGAGAAGUGCAUGACUCUGAGGACUAGGUUCCCCACUAUCACUCGACUGGUCGGCUACCAGUAGGAAAUAAUCUGCAUCAGUCGGUGGUCAGAUGGCAGAAGAAAGCAAAAAUAACAACUUUCGAAUACUUUUAUUCACAAAUACGCGAUAACCAGUUCUUUUUGGCUCUUUUUCUAAAAAGGAGAAGAAGUUCUUCUUGGCUAUUUUUCUAAAAAGAAGAAGUUCUUUUUGGCUCUUUUUCUAAAAAGGAGAAGAAGUUCUUCUUGGCUAUUUUUCUAAAAAGAAGAAGUUCUUUUUGGCUCUUUUUCUAAAAAGGAGAAGAAGUUCUUUUUGGCUCUUUUUCUAAAAAGGAGAAGAAGUUCUUCUUGGCUAUUUUUCUAAAAAGAAGAAGUUCUUUUUGGCUCUUUUUCUAAAAAGGAGAAGAAGUUCUUCUUGGCUAUUUUUCUAAAAAGAAGAAGUUCUUUUUGGCUCUUUUUCUAAAAAGGAGAAGAAGUUCUUUUUGGCUCUUUUUCUAAAAAGGAGAAGAAGUUCUUUUUGGCUCUUUUUCCUAAACAUAUUUCUAAAAUUGCGCAUAGAAAACAGGCUGCUUAACCAAAUAUUAAUCCUUGCACCUAGAUAUUUAAUUAUUGCCCUUAAAGGAAGAAAGAGAGCCAAAAGUCUUAUCUCAUUAAAAACUUUAUCUGCAGCUUAACUCACAAGUCACAAAAUGCGUGCUCAUUCUCUGAAGUGCUUUCAUGUAGUAAGUAACAUUUGAAACGCACUGGUUUGCGUGAAAAUACUCGCUUUGUUCAAAAUCUUCCUGUUUGCCAAAACAUAUAAAAGCUAGCUUAUGUCCUGACAUUCUAUUUUAUGGAAAUGUAUCCCAUUCGAAGUUUAUUUUGUGCUCAAAAAAUCACAUAUCUAGUUUUGAAAUAAAAGCUUGGUCAACUCAAAAGCUGGUCGAUUUUUCGCUAUGCGAUUUCUGUUUAAAACAAUGUCUUUAAAAACAGUUACUCGAGUUGACCUUGAUUUAAAUUUCAACCAGCGAUGCUUUGUGUUUCAGAAUAGCUCUCCUAGUAAACCAAGUUUUGCGAAUUAAUUCAAUAUAUUUUUAAUAAA